AUGAGGCUUCCUCUUCUUUUUUCGGGAAUUUUUUGCCACGAUGGUCCCCACUCGUGGCCAAUAAAUAGACUUACAAAUACAGAGAUAUCAGUAAAAGUCAACAGUAAUUGGCUCGACAAAGGAGGUUACGAGUUCGAACUUUUUAUCACUCCUUCUGGAGAUUUGGCUAACAAUGCAACACACAAAUGGGAAUUGUGCUUUGACACACCGAUGCCGACUGGAGAGACAAGCGAACAAAUGCAACAAGCCCGAGAGUUGCCAGGUCUUUCGCUGGGCUUCAGAAAUUGCAAUAUUUUUCAAUACCCUGGUACUCAUCGUUGUCUCCGCGACUGCGAUUCGCAUCCAAAAGAUGAAGAAAUUGGCUACAAAAUUAUCGCUAAUCCUCAUUCACUUGCGAAAUCAGAUUUCUUUGGGAACUUUUACUUCGUGACUCAUGAUGACAGCCAAAAACACGGGGAUGAAAACACACGACAAGCAUAUUUUAGUAAAAGCGAAGUUUCACGCGCGGAGCCUGUAUAUAUAAGUGCCAUCUAUCUCAUCGACCUUGAUCAAGAAUUCAUUGCAAUCGAAGAGGUAUUGAGUACUCAAUGCAAAGGCUCUGUUUGCAAAACACAGGAUUUUGUGCAAGACCCAACUGAGGAAAGCCAGCUACUUAACAAAGAAUCCAGUAAGUGGCUACCGUGGACGCCUGAAGAACGAUACGAACGAAACCAGAACGAAAACGAUCCCUCGACAGACGCGGAAAUCGCUCCAGUUACUGACGAUUCUUUGGAAAUACGAGUGUUGCACGUUGACAUCGCAAGAAAUUUCCACAGCCUGGAAACGUUGGAAAAAAUACUCAAAGAAAUGGCCGUGGUGAACAUGACGCAUCUUCAUCUACAUGCGACGGAUGAUGAAGGUUGGAGGAUUGAGAUUCCUGCCUUGCCAGAAUUAACGACAAUCGGAGCUCAUCGAUGUGCUCCUAUUCAAAACGAGCCAUGCAUGAUUCCUCAGUACGGAAGUGGGUUAUCUAAGGACGCACCACAAAAUGGCUUCCUUAGUGUCGACCAGUACAAGCAGCUCCUGACGACUGCUGCCGACCUUGGAAUCCACGUCAUAACAGAAAUAAACGGCCCUGGACACGCGCGCGCUGCUAUAGAAGCAAUGAAACUUAGAAACGACGAAACAUUCUUCCUUCACGAUCCCAAUCAGACCGUUUUCGACGUUCCUAGCGUGCAAUUCUUCACCGAUAAUGUAAUGAAUCCCUGCCAGGAAUCCACUUGGACUUUCUUGGAGACAGUGAUUUCUUAUCUCAAAUCCGUGCACGACGAAUUCAAUGGUUUCCAUGAAAUCAUUCAUCUUGGAGGCGACGAAGUAGCACAUCUAAAUUAUGCUGGGGAUCAAAAGUUCCCCUGGGAAAAUUUUCCGUCUUGCGAGAAAAUGAUCGAGGCAAAUAGACAAGAUCCAAACAGCUCUUGGGAAAACGGAAGACCCACGGAUAUGAGCGAGCUUCAGUGGUAUUUUACUUCAAAGUUCAUGAAAAUUGUCAAGGAUAAUGGCUUUACAGCGGGAGCUUGGGAAGAGUCCUUCCUGGACAAGUGGACCGAUAAAGCGUUUCCAAAAGUCCAGCCACUCGAGAAAUUCGGAAUGACUGCUUCUGACAAUGUCCACGUAUUCGUCUGGAACAUUGACUGGGAAUCAGAAGUGAAAGACUGGCCAUACCAAUUUGCAAACGAAGACUACAAAGUUGUCAUGACGCCCGCUACGCAUCUGUAUUUGGACCAUCCGAAUGAGCCGCAUCCUUCGGAAACGGGAUUUUACUGGGCGAAUAGAUUUACUGAUAUGAAGAUUAUUUACGGCUUCCAGGUCUAUGAUUUGUACAAAAACUCUGCUUUCGCCAUGAAUUGGUCCCCUCUCGGCCCCGGAACUCCUGUGCCACCAAACUACAAAUGCGAUGCAAACGGGCAAGAUGCUUGUGUCAAACUAGAAGAGUCGAAAAAGUCAAACAUUGUUGGUCUUCAAUGCUCAACUUGGAGCGAGUCGCUGCUAACAUCCGAACUGCUCCUGAAAAAUAUCUUCCCUCGAGUGUACGCUUGCGCAGCCCGGGCUGCUCAACCUACCCCAGUUUUUGACACGGCCGAAACUCCAGAAUUCGAUGCCGAUUUCACUAAAUGGGUUUCAAAAGUCAAGCCUCACAUGCAACGACUUUCAGAUAACGAUGUCGAUUUCUAUUUAGCGCCUCCUGGAGCAAAAUGCGAAAAUGGCAAGGUCCUAACAAAUCACCAGAUUCCGGGAAUCGACGUAAUUGUCGAGGAGAACGAUUCUAUUCGCGAAGACUCUGUCUUCACCGCCCAAGCUACUCUUGGGAAGACGAAGAGCCGCUCCGUUGAGAUUACCUGCGAAUCUGCUGGCGAUGGAGAUGGGGGUGGAAGCGCUUCAGUUGCGUUUUUCUCCCUUUCUAUGAUUGCGAUGCUCCUUGUUUAA